AUGGAUUUCGGGUCCUUGGAGACCGUGGUGGCCAACUCUGCCUUCAUUGCUGCCCGGGGCAGCUUUGAUGGAAGCAGCACACCGUCUUCNCGAGACAAGAAAUAUCUGGCCAAGCUCCGGUUGCCCCCACUGUCCAAGUGCGAGGGUCUCCGUGACAACCUCAGCCUGGANUUUGAGAGUCUGUGCUCAGAGCAACCCAUCGGCAAGAAGCUCUUCCAACAGUUCUUGAAGACAGACGAGAGGCAUGUGCCAGCUCUGGAGCUCUGGAAGGACAUUGAGGACUAUGACACUGCUGAUGAUGACCUGAGGCCACAGAAGGCACAAGCCAUCCUGGCUGAGUACCUGGACCCACAGGGCACACUCUUCUGCAACUUUCUGGACCAGGGCAUGGUGGCAAGGGUGAAAGAAGGGCCAACUGGGAGCCAGGAUGGCCUCUUCCAGCCUUUGCUCCAGGCCACAAUGGAGCACUUGAGCCAGGCGCCCUUCCAGGAGUACCUAGAAAGCCUGUAUUUCCUGCGGUUUCUUCAGUGGAAGUGGUUGGAAGCCCAGCCCAUAGGUGAAGACUGGUUCUUGGACUUCAGGGUCCUGGGAAAGGGGGGCUUCGGGGAAGUGUCUGCCUGUCAGAUGAAGGCAACUGGCAAGAUGUAUGCCUGCAAGAAGCUCAACAAGAAACGGCUGAAGAAGAGGAAGGGCUACCAGGGCGCCAUCGUUGAGAAGAGGAUUCUGACUAAAGUACACAGCAGGUUCAUUGUGUCUCUGGCCUAUGCAUUCGAGACCAAGACGGACCUCUGUCUGGUGAUGACCAUCAUGAAUGGAGGUGACCACCUGCAUCAGAGACGCAUUGUCUACCGUGACCUCAAGCCAGAGAAUGUGCUGUUGGACAAUGAUGGCAAUAUCCGAAUUUCUGACCUUGGACUGGCUGUGGAGUUGAAGGAAGGGCAGAAUAAGACCAAGGGAUACGCAGGGACCCCAGGUUUCAUGGCUCCUGAGCUCCUGCGCGGUGAAGAAUACGACUUCUCUGUGGACUACUUUGCCCUGGGGGUCACAUUGUACGAGAUGAUCGCAGCCAGAGGACCCUUCCGAGCCCGAGGAGAGAAGGUAGAGAACAAGGAGCUUAAGCAACGUAUCAUCUCAGAGCCUGUGAAGUACCCAGAGAAGUUCAGCCAGGCCAGCAAGGACUUCUGUGAGCAGCUGUUGGAGAAGGACCCGGAGAAGCGCCUGGGCUUUCGGGAUGGAACCUGUGAUGCGCUGCGGGCAAACGUCCUCUUCAAAGAUAUCAGCUGGAGGCAGCUCGAAGCCGGGAUGCUCAUUCCUCCGUUCAUCCCAGACUCUAGGACUGUCUAUGCCAAGAACAUUCAGGACGUGGGUGCCUUUUCCACAGUCAAGGGNGUGGUUUUUGACAAAGCGGACACAGAGUUCUUCCAAGAAUUCGCCUCUGGCAACUGCUCCAUUCCCUGGCAGGAGGAGAUGAUAGAGACUGGGCUCUUUGGGGACCUAAAUGUGUGGCGCGCAGAUGGUCAGAUGCCGGAUGACAUGAAGGGAAUCACGGUGGAGGAGGCAGCCCCUACAGCCAAGUCGGGAAUGUGUCUCAUCUCCUAG